AUGUCCACGCGCCGGACAGCGUACCAUCUACUCGCGCGCGGCGGCUACGCGUCGGUCGUGCGACUCUUGCUCGAUGCUGGCGCCAGCCUCGAUGAUCAGCACCAGGCGCGGAGCCCGGCAGAAAAUUGA